AGUGUUAAGUGUCAAAUGAUGUCAAAUUGGAUUUGUAGUGGAGUGUGUGGUCGUGUUUUUGUUUUACGAAAUAUAACGAUGUCGUGAAAUGUUUGAAUACAUGGAUUUAAAUGUAAUAAUAUCGAGUUUUGACUAUCGUUUGCAGUGAUGGUGUGUUGAUGAAAUGUCGUGAUAUUUUUUUCUUAAUAACAAAAAUAGUAACUUAUCAACAUGACCAAGUACUAUCUAGCAGUAGUACUUGUACGGAUAGUGUUGCCUGUCAGUUUGUUACUUAGUAUAGCAUUACGACCGUUUGGCAUUUCAUUAGUAUAUCUACUGCUGUUUUUAUUAGCACCGCUCACAUUUGUUCCGGACAGUCGAACAUUCAAAGCAUGGCGCGGCACAUAUUUGUUACUAAACGUAGUGUUAUCGUUUCUGUUGAUGUCCUUGCACAUAGCGUGGCACACACUGCUUGCAGUGACGGGUCCUUAUGGGUCCGUCCUGCAAGCCUAUCCUAUACUCGAUAUUGUGGGCCACAAUCUGGGCUUCGUGUCUUACUCCUCAAUAGAUCCAUUUAUGGCCAUAAAUUACAUGCUACCCGAGAUUUUGAUGUCGGCGAUAUCUCUAUUCGUAUAUGUGCUAGUCAAAAGGUUGGUGACGGGUCCUACCGCGGCAAUACCAUCUAAAUCUGACAGCAAACAUCAACAGUAUCCACUUGUAACAAGUGCAGGGAAAUAUAUCUGCCUGAUCUUAAUAAUGUUUUCCGCCAUCAUGCGGCCAAGCAUCACGUCUGGGAUCUACUUCCUCGUGUUUAUGGGGUCGGCCACUGCGUGGGCCCUGGGCCAACCACUCAACCGAGGGUUUGCAGUCGUCUGUCGCUGUGUCAUGGCCAUCAUGUCCGUCCACGUCAUCGUGCUAUUAGUAUACCAAUGCUCUUGGGUUGCAGAACUAUAUCCACCAGAAAAGGAAUUUGCUAGGUAUUUUGGCUUAACGAGACUAGUACUAAUCAACAGUACGAAUCCAAAACUCUUUACUUACGAAGUAUCGGACGACCACAUGUGGGCAUCACUAGCGAGCCCUUUUGUCAUACUAUUCACUUAUUUCGUUCUCGCAAUCGAAACUCGACAACUGUUCAAACCGAAGGGUGCACUUUCAUACGUAAAUACCAAAAUACAACGCAGUGAAGCCCGUGAGACCGACCCUCUUAUUCGUGUGAAUUCUUCGAAACGAUGGACAGUUACGCCGACCGGAUCCGCAACGAGACAAAUGCGGCAAGACUCCACAGGUUCCGUUGUUCUACAUGAAGAUGAAUCUGUAAUAGAAGAAAGUGAGCCUACUUUGAUGGAUGACAUUUUAACGGCAAUCGUUGAUUUCUUCCAAGUUCUAGUCAGGUCCUCGUACAUAGCUACGACGAUCACGAUGAUGGCGUGGAGUAUAAUGUUCCAUUCAUGGCUGACUUUCGUCUUCCUCAUGUGGGCGAACAUCGUGUGGCUCUGUCACGACCAGCGUGCUUUCAUGCUGAAGACCAGCCCCAUACUCGUCUGCUAUGCGAUGUUACUGCUUAUAGCGCAAUACAUAUACGGCAUGAACCUUUACGAGACAGAAUUACCUAGUAAUAUCACGGAAGUGAAUCUCCAUCAGAUAGGUUUAGGUCGUGUUGAAGGGGAACCAUUCUUUCCCCUUUUGAUUAAGUCCUUAUUCACAUGCAUGUUUUGGGUGACACUACGCCAACGCAUCCAGGACAUAAGACAAAGGCGACAGUCCUCUGUCAUCGCAGAUAUGGCGGCUCCUCUCCAACUCACUGCUUCCACUGCAGCUAGUGUAAUGGACGCGAGACGUGAGGAGGAGAGUCGUUCUCGUCUGCUGCGCGCCCUCGGCGAGGUGAUGCGGGCGUUGUGCGCACGCUACUGGAUAUACGUCGUGGUCAUCAUGCUGUUCGUCAUUGGCAUCACCGGCGAGCGCAUGACCAUAUUCCGCAUCAUUUACAUGUUCCUCUUCCUCGCUUUUAUACUCAUGUUCCAGAUAAGUUGGUACUGGUGGCGAAAAACAUUGUACAUGUUUUGGAUAGUGGUCAUCAUCUACUCAAUGAUAAAUCUUAUUCUGAUCUACAUUUACCAAUUCGACAACUUUUCAAAAUUGAUUGAACAAUAUAUGUUUAUCAACGAAAGUUUACAACAAGAUUUGGGAUUAGAACCGUACCAUCCGGCGGAUUUGUUUGUCAAACUAUUAACACCGACGUUGUUCCUCAUCAUAACAAUAUUGCAGGUUCAUUAUUUCCAUAAAGAUUUUAUGGCAUUAUCAGAUCCUAAGACGAGAACAAAUAGUAUAGCACCCAACAAUCCAGAGUCUGGUAAACCAAGUCAAGAUGGUGCCUCUACGAUGAGAGAUGAUUUGCCACCACUACCUUCUGAAGAUACAAAUCCUCGUUCGACUGCGACAGAGGCAGAUCAAUCAGUGGAAGUAUCUUCACUAACUGGCCCACAGAAGUUAGUGCAAAGUAGACAAUUUUCGAUGUCCCGUUCGAACGUGCGGUCUCCGGUAACAGAGCGACCGUCCACUGCACUGUGGUCGUUGGUGAAGCGCACAUACAACGCAUCCAAGCACACCGCACAGGAGAUCAUUGACCGGAUCUUCAUGUACUUGGACCUACAUCUCAUCAAGAUCGUCUUCAUAUCCCUGAUGCUGCUUUGUGUUAUGAAUGUGUGUGCCAUGCAUGUGCCUAUAAUGUUGAUAAUCGCACCGGCAUUGUGGGUCAACGCGUCGAAACAACGAGUCUGCGUGCUCUUUAUAUCGACACUAAUCAGUAUAUAUUUCAUGGCUAAGAUGGUCUACCAGAUCGGUUACAUCAAGCAUCAUAGUUUUGAUGUCAACUGCUCUAUUGCCGGCCUUUUCGAUAUCAAGUUUUCGAAUUCGUCGUCAUCGGCAUAUAACAACGCUGAAUGGCUUGGGUUUACAAAAGCUACAAAUGAAAAGCCCUUAGUGGUCGUUCUAAAAGGAUACAUCGGACUUUUAGCCGUAUUCAUAUUCUAUGCCCUAGUGACAUAUAGACAAAAAGCGCUGAGAGAAUCUGGCGCUUUACCGAAAGAGAGAAUAAAAACAAUAUUCCCUGAGAUAACUCGCAAGGAGGCAGACAUAGACCUGAUCCACUGCAUCAAAUACUUGAUUAACUUUGGAUUCUAUAAGUUUGGUGUGGAGAUAACCAUGAUCUGUUUGAUGGGUGUGAUCGGGUCUCGUAUGGACGUGUACGCAGUAUUGUACGCGGCGUGGUUGCUAGUACUGGUGUCAAUAAAGCGAGUCGCGCAGAGUAGGUUGUGGAGUACGUUCACAGCCACUAUCACGUUCCUUGUACCCAUACAGUAUAUGAUUGCUGUGGGCUUCCUACCGGAGCUAUGUGUUAGUUACCCGUGGGAUUCUGACGAUCAGCAAAUGAAACAUGUCCGUACAUGGCUGUUCCUGCCAUAUGCGGAACAACCUCCACACGCGUACAAGCUGAUCUUUGAUUUCUUCCUAUUACUGUUCGCGACUCGCCAGCUGAAGGUAUUCCGCAUAGAAAAGAACUCUUCGAACUACGCCGGGGGCUCAAACGAAGAGAAUAUUGGUAAAAAUUGGGAAACACCCGAUUUUGUUAACCCUGUACCAGAUUUCCUUGGUUAUGUUGGGACAUGGUUGGACGUUGUGAAACGCAUGGUGUUCUUGGGUAUGCUAUGGGUUACGCUGGCCAUCAUGUUCAUGACGGGCACCAAUCGAGUGAACCUGUUCUCCAUGGGGUAUCUCAUCGGCUCCUUUAUAUUCCUCUGGCAAGGAACGGACUUCUACUUGCGUCCUAAAGAUGCUAUUUUGAAAUGGUGGUCAUGGUUAGUUCGGUACAACGUGUCAGUGGUAGUGGUGAAGACAUUGCUUCAGAUCCCGGGCUGCAUAUUCAGCUCAGUGAUGCAGGAACACGCCUGCUGGCUGGUCCAGUUGCUGGGUAUCGGAUGUGUGGACAAAUUCGCUGGGGGAAAUAUCGCCAGGUUCCUUAAGAUGCAGUAUGUUAAGGAGGCCGCCUGUUCCGUACCUCAAGAAGAUAUAGGAUUAGCAUGGGAUGGUGUUUGCUUCGCCUUCCUAAUCUUACAGAGGAGAUUGUUCCAUAGCUAUUAUUUCUACAGAGUUAUCGACGAAAGCAAGGCUACUACAGUACUUGCUUCGAGAGGUGCAGAGUUAAUAGAGGAACUCCGACAAAAACAAAUGAAAAUACAAGAAGACCAAGAAAUGAAAAUCUUGGAGAAAAUCAAAGUGAAAAUGGAAAGGAUUAAGGCAAAUCAGAAAAAGAUUCAAGGGGCAAUAGCAAAGGAACCCGCGCAUCAUGAUAUUGGGAUAGAGUCAGGUUCCGAGAAACGAGGUAAACGUGUGUUCUCGAAGAGACACGAAGCGCGGGACAGAACAACGUAUAGGCCGCCAUCAAGCCAUCAGAAGGCCAUUCGUUCGGGAGACUACUACAUGUUCGAUGAAUUCGACGAUACAGACGUCCAUAUGAAUGAAGAGGAAUCUAGCUCAGACGAGGACGCACCUAGGGAAAUGGGAAUUGGCAAGCUCCUGUCCACGAUGAUCAAGACGGACUUGAAGCACGCCGUGGGGCUGCGGCGCGCCUCGGCCCCCAACGUUCGGUCUACCAGACGUGUCUCCAUCGGCAGCGAACCGCUCUCCUACCCGCAGGUCGCAGGUCGUAAGACGUCCGUCCAUCAAGUCAGUGACUCACAUCUGACUGAACAGGAGCGGCCGCUCACGGAUAUUGACGAAUUCGCACCACUGCCAGACAAUGAAGAGACCUUAGUGGAUAAGCUACGACAAGUGGUUGACACGGCGUGGGCGUUCAUAUCCAGCAUCCUGGUGUCGAUCACACGACAUUUGAUGAAAUACUCACGGGACUAUCGAUAUGUAUCGAAAACUCUUUCUGUUGAAAAGAAAAUAUUAAAGGAAAAGGAGGGCUUCGGCAUUGGAAUCCGAGAAGGAUCGCAGAUGAUAUGGGAACCAUUACCAGAAACAUUAGAAAAACACCAUGACGUCACAACUCUGGAGGAGCAAGAUGACUCGAUGUUCAAGCAGGAUCGGUCCCCGUUCGUACACCUCGGCUAUGCGCUGUGGUACGCAGUAUUGGCGCAUACAGAUAUAGUAUGCUAUAUCAUGGUGUUUAUUAAUCAGAUACAAUCGGCGACAAUAUUGUCCAUACCGCUUCCCUUGAUGGUGUUCAUGUGGGGCACGCUCACCAUACCGCGACCUACCAAGACAUUCUGGGUUACUCUGAUCGCUUACACCGAGGUCAUAGUACUGAUAAAGAGUAUGUUCCAAUUCGAGAUUCUCCCGUGGAAUCAGAAGGUGAUACCGGCAGACAUGCCGUUCACUGCGCCACGGAUCAUUGGUAUCGAGAGGAAAUUCAACUACGCACUUUAUGAUCUACUAUUACUGCUCAUUAUCUUCUUACAUAGGUUCAUGUUGAAAUCACUCGGGCUAUGGAAGGAAUCUUCGCCAGAAAUUGAAUUGAGAGAAGAUAUGGAAUACCCGCUAAAUGCUGAAGAUACGCAGUUGGUCGCCGAGGGUCAUAUUACGGAAGUAGGCCGCAAAUAUGUGAAGUUGCACGACCAGAUAGGACCGCCUGGCGAGUCAGAUGAGAGGCGUGCAGAAAACUUUGGUAGUGGAGGUCAAGCGCAUAGCUCUGAAUUUGAUGAAAAUGAAGCAGGACCUUCGAAAUCCACAGAAGAUGAUCAUUACAAAGUGAACGACGAUCAAGAACCGAUAAUUGCAGUGUCGACGACAUUGGAGAACACAUACAAGCAUUACCCAGAAGUGAUGCUGUUAUCAGUAAAGCGCUACCUCCGCCCGGUGCAUCGAUUCUUCCAGCGCAUGUUAGCGCCGGGCGCGCGCGUCACCGCCGAUAUAUACGCCUACAUGUUCCUUUGUGACUUCUUCAACUUCCUUGUCGUCAUAUUUGGAUUCGCUGCGUUUGGAACGCACCAAGGUGAUGGCGGAGUGCAAACGUACUUGGAAGAGAAUAAAGUACCGAUUCCCUUCCUCGUGAUGUUAAUCUUGCAGUUUGCGCUAAUAGUCAUAGACCGUGCGCUAUACUUGCGCAAGUUCAUGCUCGGCAAGAUAUUGUUCCAGUAUGCGCUCAUUAUAGGAGUCCAUAUCUGGAUGUUCUUCGUUCUACCUUUUAUUACUGAACGAACAUUCAACGCCCUGCUCCCGCCCCCGAUGUGGUACAUGUUGAAGUGUAUCUACUUGUUGCUGUCCGCGUACCAGAUCCGCUGCGGGUACCCGCGCCGUAUCAUCGGGAACUUCCUCUGCAAGUCGUACCACUUCCUCAACAUGAUGUUCUUUAGAGGAUUCAUGACGGUGCCAUUUUUAUUCGAGCUGCGGACUCUCAUGGACUGGAUAUGGACGGACACGUCUAUGAAUCUCAUGGAUUGGCUCAAAAUGGAAGAUAUCUUCGCCAGUGUCUUCCUCUUAAAGUGUUCCCGGUACUUAGAGGACGAGUUCCCGCAACCACGCGGCGUUAAGAAAGCCAACACCUCGAAAUACAUACUAGGCGGAGGAGUACUAGCCUUCGUCAUUGCCAUCAUAUGGUUCCCACUCGUAUUUUUCGCCUUUGGAAAUACGGUCGGAGAACCAAACCCGCCCACAGACGUGACAGUAAAAAUCCGCAUCGGUCCGUUCCUUCCUGUAUACCAAAUGUCUGCGCAAUCGCACAACAUCGAUGUGUUCACGGAGCAGGACUACACUCAGUUGAGCAACAUGUACGCGCGCGACCGCACGGCGCAGACGUUCCUGUCCAACUACAUGUACAACGACGUCGCCGUCAUCACCAUCAACCCCAACUCCACGCUCAAGUGGGAGAUCUCGCCGCCAGAGCUCGACCGACUCAAGCGAGAGGCGGCCUCUAAUGCAACAUUAAUGGUGAAGUUUACGUACGUGAUAACGCAUCCAACGAAUGCGGUGCCGAACCCGCCGACUAUAGAGGAUCACCGCGAGGUUCCCAUCCAUGCCCACGUGGACGGGCAGCCCAACCCACAGAGAGAAACUCUACGGAAACUGCUCGACGGCACUACCGACCCUGAUACCUGGUUAACCGUGAAGUACUUGUUCCCGAAGUUUUUGAAGGUGUUCAAUAAGGGCACCACCAAACCGGCAUACCAACUAAUGCCGACACAAAUAGAAGAAGAUGAUAAUAUAGACACCGAAUACGGUGAGGAAGCCAUCGUCUACCGUGAUGUGCUUCUUCGGCUGGAGAGAGAUUUAGAGAAGGAUGUGAUGUACUGGCGCGUUCGAGAAUCUUGUUCCAUGCGGGAUCCUUUGCUGUCGGUCCCACUAAAUAACUGCGACAUGCUGGUCAUGUACACUUUUAACGAUAAGUUGUUCCCCGAGACAUUAAACUUUAUAUCAGGCAGUGGUAUCAUUGGAUUAUACACGACGUUCGUGUUCUUGGCGUCUCGAGUCCUGCGAGGAUUCUUCUCAGGAAUUUACACGAGGAUCAUGUUCGACGAUCUACCAAACGCUGACAGAGUACUGCAACUGUGUCUUGACAUUUAUUUGGUACGUGAAGCACUCGAGCUCGCAUUGGAAGAAGAUCUGUUUGCUAAAUUAGUAUUCCUCUACCGGUCCCCUGAAACUAUGAUAAAAUGGAGUCGACCUAAAGAUGAGGAAAAUAUGGAACAGCCAGCGCUGCCACCAUCUCGCUGAACUAAGUAACUCUACAUUUAGUUUUACAGAUAAAUGUCAUAAGACGUAAGGUCUACUGUAGUCUAAAACUUUAUUUAUUUAAAUCUAAGGUUACUCCAAGAUUCAAAUUGUCAUUAAUAAAUAAAGAUAGCUUGUGGGCUAUCUAGUAGAUGUGUAAUAGUUUUUGUAAGUAGUUUUAUAUUUUAUAACUUUAUGCCAAUGAACUUUUAUCCAGGUACUCGACGUUAAAUAAAUGAAUCCUAUUUUACAAAUCAUAUUUCCACUACGUGAAAGUACAAGUAUAUAUUGUUUUUUGUUAUUUUUCAAUUUCUUAAUCGUCCAUAUUGUUAUUAUUUAUGAAUAUGUAUAUUAAAUACGAUGUGCACCCAAUACAUCGAUUUUAGAUACGUAAGUUGUACAGUAAAAUAGUUUUAAUCUAAGAAUAAUCAUGGUGCAUAUUUUCAUAAUUCAAUUCGGCAAGGUUCUGAAAAUUGCUAAAUCUUUUAAUGUUCCUACCUUACUAAUUAAAUUGAGCCUAGGCAAAUCAACAUUCACAUAAAAUAAAGCAAAAUUACUUAUUGCGUCUUUAAUACAUAGUUAUAUUUAUAAGAUCGAAUAAAAAAAUUCAAUGGGACAUGCUAACCAGAGUCAAUAUUUUGCAAUUUUUCACGAUAUCAUGUAUAAAGAAAGAUAUACAUGACAAAACUGGCUGUUGAAGUAUGUACUUAAAUAAUUACUUCCAUCUUAAUGUUAAUCACUCGCUCUCUUAUUUAAUAUUGAAAGUUUUACUGUAGUUUUUUAACUCUUUAUAAUGCGGAUUCUUGAUUGCAAAUAUUGUUUUAUUUGCUGUUUAGAAUUCUAGUUAUUCGCUUUGUUUUUGCAGAUGUUUAUGUAUAAAUGUUUUAAAUAAUGUUGAGUCUAUUAGAAAUUACUAUUAUAAGAAAGUUACCAGUAAGUCAUUUUGUACUGAUAAAUUGAAAAUGUUUAUAUAUGUUUGGAAUGGUUUUAGUUAUUUAUUAUAACCAUUAUAAUGUUUGACUGCACAAAUGAUGGUAUAUAAAUUACGAUUUAUAUGAUUGGUUUAAAAAGCAACAUCAAGUUUUACCUCUAUUUACAAAUCAUUGCAUUUGAUAUUACUUAAUUAAAUUAAAUGUGUAAGUGAAUUAUACAUAUUGUACACUUUUGUAUUAUGGUUGUUGUGUUUAAGCUGCAUUUAAUGUUGUCGAUUUGUGAUAAUAAAAGUCAAUGAAAUA